AUUCAUUGGCUGUCGUGUAAACCUAAACCUUCAUUCACAAGUGCAGUUGCAUUGAAAUCUCUGGGACCAUACUGUACUCCUGCACUGCAAAUAUAUUUUCAAAGAGUGGAACUUAGGUUAGUUCACUUCAGAGUAAUUAAACAUUGUUCUGUGGCAAUACAAAACACAACUAAGGGUCGAGGAGAAAGCACAACUUGCACGAGACAGGAGCCAGAACUGGCCGGUAGCACUAAUUCCUGCGAACACAUUUGCAAGGGGGAGAUCAGCUCAUUUUGUCUCCAUUUCGGGACCAUGGCCACCCUAGGGAUUCCCGAGGACGUACUGAGGAAUGAAGUUCUAAUUAAGAAACUCGAGGAGAUCGCAAAAGAUGCUGCUCUCAUGAAUGGAAUCUUAAUGCGGACGAAAGAAACACCCAAUGCCUCGGAGGUAGUAGGUUUUGCUCCUUUCACACUCUUCCCCUCUCCAGUGCCCAGAGCGCUCUUCCAGCAGGCCCUGGCGGUGCAGGUGCAUUACAAUCUCUUGGUGGACAAGAUCAGCCAGGACCCAGCCUUCCUGGAGGAGGCUCUCACAAGUACAAUCAAAGUGGAUGAAUUUACCGCAAAGCUAUUCAACAUACACAGACAGGUUCUUAAGGAGGGCCAUGCUCAGUCAAUUGUCCUUGGUCUUAAUCGCUCAGACUACAUGUUGGAUCAAGGUGAAGAUGGUGGGACAUCCCUGAAACAGAUAGAGAUCAACACUAUUGCUGCAAGCUUCGGUGGUCUCUCCUCACGCACGCCAGAUGUCCAUCGGCACAUUCUGAAGGUGGCAGAUCGACUGGAGGAGCAGGAGAAAAUCCUUGACAAUAACCCUGCAGCAGGACUAGCCAAGGGGUUGGCCAAAGCCUGGGAGCUUUAUGGAUCUGAGAAAGCCGUUGUCAUGUUUUUAGUGGAAGAUGUCCAGAGGAACAUCUUUGAUCAUCGUUAUGUAGAGAACGAACUUUGGAGCAGAAAUAUCCCAGUCAUCCGACGACAGUUUGAGGACGUCUCCCGAACUGGGUCUUUGGAUCAGAAUAAGAGAUUAUUUGUUGAUGGAAAAGAAGUGGCGGUUGUGUACUUCCGGAAUGGAUACAUGCCUCAGAACUACACUCAUCCACAGAGCUGGGACGUGCGUCUGAUGAUGGAGAGGUCGCUGGCGGUGAAGUGUCCUGACAUUGGCACCCAUCUGGCCGGCACCAAGAAGGUGCAGCAGGAACUGGCCCGGUCCGGUGUGCUGGAGCGCUUCUUUCCAGACCAGCCGGAUGUCGUGGCCCAGAUCAGAGCCACCUUUGCUGGACUCUACACUCUUGAUAUGGGAGCUGAAGGAGACAAGACUGUUGCCAUGGCUUUGGCCAAACCUGACAAUUAUGUCUUGAAACCCCAAAGAGAAGGAGGAGGGAACAACAUUUAUGGCCAAGACAUAUGCCAGGUGUUGGAGGGCAUGACUGAGGGCUCUGAGAGGACAGCCUACAUCCUGAUGGACAAGAUCCGACCCUGUCCGGUUCAGAAUUACCUGCUCAGGCCUGGUGCGGACCUCAAGCUCAGCACAUGCCUGAGUGAACUGGGUGUCUUUGGGGUGUAUGUCAGACAGGGGAAGGAGAUGGUGAUGAACGAGUGUGUGGGUCACCUACUGAGGACCAAGAGCUCUGAGCACGACGAUGGAGGGGUGGCUGCUGGAGUGGCCGUGCUGGACAACCCUCUGCUGGUGUGAGGGCGCCCCCUGCUGGAGCCAGCUGGCGAGGCUUGCAGCACCUCCCACCCACACAAGCGCACACACACACACACACACACACACACACACACAGGAAGAUGAGGGGAUGGGCAAAGAGGCCUUCAAAAAAGAGUAGCCUCUCACAUGGACUGAUUGAUAUGCUCUUUCUUCUUCUUUGAGAAAUGAACUGAAGUGGUCAUCCAAAGAUGUGGUAUUUUCUUAUAUAGGUGUAGUCACAAUAUUUUUCUAAUACAAGCAAAUGGUUAAUUUAUGUAUCGGUGCAUUUGCAGACAAGGAGCUUGGCUGCCAGAAGUGCACUUGUAUUUGGAAAUACUGUAGGUAACAGAAGGCUCCCAGACCUCCCUGAGUUUGUAUGUGCUUAAAUGCACAUUACAUUUUCAGUUAUUUUUAAAUGAAAUUCGCUGUUUCUGUGGUAAAUAGACCAAGGCCUAUACUAUGUCGCCAAAGAAAUGAAUAAUUGAAUUGAAAAAAAAUAUUAAAUGAAAAAAAUUUAUAUUUUUCAGUUUGUGUAUUAACAUGUGUAAUAGCCUAUUGUGAUUUUAAUAUAAAUAAAGUAUCAUGCUGAAAGGGUUAACAAGCAAACUGUAAAGAGAACAUGAUAUAGGCUAUGUUAGGAUGCAUACAUGUUGAAAAAUACUAUUAAACCAUCAUGAGCAGAAAUUUGUUGA